AUGUGGAUUAUCAAGGCUUGCUCACUCCUCGCUGCUGUCUGCACCGUUGCUGCUGACAGCGCCGGGCCCAAGAUCGACUUCUCCUCCAAUACUGGUGCACCGCAGCACCUGGCCGCUGGUAUUCUAUACGGUAUACCAGACAAUACGAACCAGAUCCCAGAUAGCCUUCUCUCUGGCUUUGGUUUCAACUACUACCGAGGUGCAGGUGCUCAAGUCUCUCAUGGAUGGAGCUACAAUGAAGCCAGCUUCCAACAGCGCUUUGCUAGUGCCCAUAACAACUACAUCGUCACGCGCCGCCACAAUGGCGGUUUUGUCUUGUUGCUGAAUGACCUCUGGGGCUUUGAUUGCUCCUCCAAUAACGACACCUCACCGGGCCCAGGUGAUAAUGGUGAUUGGUCAUCUUAUGACAAAUUUGUUCAGGCCAUCAUCGCAAAUGUCAAGAAAUACAAUAUGCAGCAAGGUUUGGUCAUUGAUAUCUGGAACGAGCCGGAAGGUGGCUGCUUCUGGGGCCGCAGCAUUGACCAGUGGCUUCAGAUGUGGGGACGCGGCUGGCAUCAAUUCAAUGAUGCAUUCGGAAAGAACGUGUUGACGUCCGGACCAACUCUCGCCAACCAACCAGGAACAACCAAUUCCUGGUGGACACAGUGGGCUCAAUUCGUCAAGAACAACGCCUCCAUUCCUGAUCAAUACGUAUGGCACGAGGAGGGCGGUUCAGGCUCCGACUUUGAGUACAGCUACGGCGUCCUACAACAGAUCCUCACAAAAUACGGCCUCCCCCAACGUCAAAUCAAUAUCAACGAGUACGCCACUUUCAAUGAGCAAGUCCCGGCCGGAUCUGGAUUCUGGAUCUCCCAGCUCGAACGCCGUAAUGCUAUCGGUCUUCGUGGCAAUUGGCUAGGAGGCACCCAGCUUCACGACUUAGCUGCUAGCCUUCUCUCCAAGCCUGAUCCUUCAAACUACGCUUCUACAGGAUACUUUGCCAACGGAGACUGGUGGGUGUAUAAUUACUACUCGCACAACAUGACGGGCCAGCGAGUUUCGACUUCUGUGUCUUCUGAUGGUCGACUUGACGCAUAUGCUACGGUGGAUACUACGGCGCGCACCGCCAGAGUAUUGUUUGGCUGCCAUCCGCCUACCACUGGUACUUACGAUGUGACAUUCUCUGGUCUGGCAAAGCUGGGCUUACCGUCUUCUGGAACGCUUCAGGUUAGGACCUGGAAGUUUGCUGUGGGCAGUGACGUGCACUAUAGCCAGAUGGGGCCUCCUCAGGAUUUGGGCUACUAUGGUCACACUAUCAGCAACGGUCAGGUUACUUUGCCGUUCUAUCAGACUGAUGACGUGACUACAUACGCGUGGGAGUUUAAGUUCUAG